AUGAAUGAAGGACAUAAAUAUGAUGUUAUGGAGGCAACCUCUGUCCUUAGAAUUCAUAUAUAUCCGGAUUCAUCAGAGGAGAUAUUGACAGUUGUAUCACCAAUAUCUGUUGACACAGAAUCUUAUAACAUCUCAAAAACUGAAAAAAAGUAUAAUAAUUUUGUUUCUCCAUCAUCAAUAUUAUCACCUGGAGAUAGUACUAAUAAUUAUUAUACUGAUUCUGGUAUUGAUAGUAGUACUCUUGCAUCACCACAACAAAAUUUAGAAGAUUUCUCAUCAGAAAAAAGACGUGAAUCAUCAUCUGUUUAUUUUGUACCAAUAAAUUCACAUCGUAUACCUGAAGAAGAGGAAGGAGAUAUUAUCUCUGAGACAACAUUAUCCUUUCGUGAUAUAAAAGAUAACAGAAGAAUUGGUGAUUCUUAUCAAUUAACUCGAUCACAAGAGAAAGCAUUAAAUUCCUCCUCAACAAUUAAUAGUAGUGAAAUUGAUAUUCCUGAAUUGGGUGAGGAAGAAAUUUACAAUUUAGAGGAUACCUUUCAUGAAGAUUACCAGAACGUUCUCCUUAAAGAGGGAACCCAAAAAUCACAAACAAUAGAAGAAGGUGAAAAAGAAAUUUUUGUUGUUGGAGCAGAGGCAUCAGUAUCAUAUUUAUUAAAAAAUACCAUACAGGAGGCUGGUAUUGUUGAAGCAACUGUUUUUCCUAAAGCAUAUACAUAUCUUGAGGAAACAAUUAAAAUAUAUCCUUUUACUAAAAAAUAUCAACUUGUCCAAUUUGUCCCAUUAUACUCAUUGGUUGAUUAUAUCAAAACAAACAAACAAAAAGAAUUAAACGAAGUUCCUCUUUAUGAUAUUGUUGAUUAUAUAAAACACCCAAAGAAAAUUGAAUUGGAACAUUGUGAUAUCAAAGAAUUUGUUGAUAUCAAAGAAGACAAUAAAAUUUCUGUUACAGUUGAAGCAACCAAAGAAAAUAUUGGUAGUGUUAUUGCUUAUAGAUACCCUACAACAGCACAACAUUUAAAAAUUUAUUACGAUAUUGACAUUAAUCCUACAUCUAUUGAGACAGAACAAAAAAUGAUUUCAACAGGAGAGUAUAAUGAUAAUUUAGGAAAAAGAACAUCAAUUCCAUUAGAUGAGAUAUAUCCAAGUAGUAAAGCUUUUCCUCAAAUGAAUAAACAUGUUUACAAACACGAUAUUAUUAGAAGUAAUUCAAUUACCUCUGUUCGUAGUAAUGCGCCUGAUGUCAAUGGAAUUAUAGACAUUCAAAUGUCAGUAGGUAAAAAUUAUACAAUCCCAUCAACAGAUGAUUCAUUUGGUUUUUAUGUACGUAGUGGAAAUAGAAAAAAAAAUGAAUCAACUCUUGUAAUAAGUCAUGUCAAGAAAAACUCUCCAUCAGAUGUUUGUGGAUUAAUGAUUGGUGAUAAUAUUAUAUCAAUUAAUGGUAUAUUAUUAGAUAAUUUAUCUUUAAUAAGAGCAGAAAGAUUAUAUGAAGAAAGUAUCAAAGACAAAAAUAUUACAAUAAAAAUAAGUAGAGAAAAAAAACUUAAAAAUGUUAUAAAAAAUGAAAUUGUAUUAUUAAAUAAGACACCUGAAAUGUAUGAUAAUAAUUAUCAUAAAAGAAAAGAAGAUUACAAAAUUUCAUCUUCACCACAAUCCGAUUUGGGUGAAGAAUUAUUGGAGGAGGAUCAUCAUAACCAUCAAAAUUAUCAUUCACAUACUACAGUUCCAGGGACAACUUCUAUAUAUAGGAGUAACAAUAAAAAUAAUAAAAGAAAUAGUGAUAUUUUAAAUAUUAAAACUCAACAACAACAAUCAUCUUUUCAUAAUUCUCAUUCACCAUCAACAUCCGUCAUCAAUAGUACUGUAUUGAAUUUUUCCCCAAAUUCUUAUACAACAUCUGGUGUUGAUUCUACUAAUUCUUUCUCUCCUCGUUCAGAUUCUGGAGCAUCAUCUUCUGGUGGUAUGAGUGAUUAUAAAGUUUCACGUGUUGAGAGUAAAAAAAAAGAUAAGAUUGGUAAGGUUAUUAAUUUUAUCCCUGAAGCUGAUCGCCAACGAUAUCCUAACUAUUCUAAAUAUACUACUAACAUUGAUGAAAUUGAACAAGAUUAUCAUUCUGCUGGUUUAACACCAAUUCAUGAUAUUGAUAGUCAACCAAAAUUAUUAAGAAAUUAUAAUUAUAAAUUAAUUGAAAAAUCUACUCAAAGUCCUGAUUCUUCAAGACCAUAUGACAGAAGAGAGGUUAUCUAUCUUCCACCAAAUAAACAAGUUAAUUAUGAAGAUAAUGAAAUUGUUGAUGAAACAGGAAAAAAUAUUAUUUCAAGUAAUCAUGAAACAAGACAAAGUUUACAGAGAAGUCCAGUAGUAGAGAUGCAUCCACAAUAUGAAAAAAAUAGAAUAAAUAAAAAUAAUAAUAGUGGAAAGAAAGAUAGAAGUUCUGGAACCAGAAGAUCUCUUGAGAAAGCUGGUUAUCAAUCAACAGCACAACAACAAUUUAAUUCUGAAGACAUGGAUGAUGAUAAUGAAAGUUAUUUUACUGUACCAAGUAGAGUACAAAGUAUUCUAAAAAAUGAUGAAGAUGAAGACAUUUAUUAUGAUGUCAAAUAUGAUAAAAAUGAAGAGGAUUAUGAAGAAGUUAAAAUACCAAAGAAUCAAUAUAUUAAAAGACAAAAUCCUUUAACACAUGAUGAUAAAAUAUCUAUAAAACCGGAUGAAUAUAUUUUAAAAGAUGAAGAAACAACAAUUUCUGAAGGUGUUGUUAGAUAUUAUGAUAGAGAUAUGCAGCAAAUUGGUCGUGCUUAUUCCUAUGAAGAGUCAACUACUACUUCUUUAACUGAGGAUCAAGAUGCACUUAGAAAAUUAGUACGUCAACAACGCCUCCCAACUCCUGGAGAUCCAUUUUCAAAGAAUCGUCUUGAUGCAGAUAAUAGAUAUGAAAAUGUCUCAAAAUCUCUUGAAAAACAAAUAAAAAAGCAUAAAGAAACAACAAUAAAAGCAGUAAGUGGUAAAAAAGUAUGUGGACAUUGUGAUAAAACACUUGGUCAAGGAGCAGCAAUGAUAAUAGAAUCAUUAAAAUUACAAUUUCAUUUAUCAUGUUUCAAUUGUAUAGAAUGUGGUAAACAACUUGGUAAUGGAACCACAGGUACAGAUGUUCGUGUUAGAGGAAGAAAAUUAUAUUGCAAAGAUUGUUAUCAUAAUGGUAAAUUUGAAACAGGAACUGAGAAUAGAAUAUCAACAACUUCCUCUAAAAUGCUUAAUCGUAUACAAGUUUAA